AGAGCAAUAUAUAUAUAUAGAUUUCAUAUACACAAUGAAAUCGAAAUGACACAUUUUUAUUGGUGUGUGCUAGCUCCGGCACUCAGCUGAUUUUGAUAAAAGUGAAAAAUGUGCACAGACAUGUGAAUAUGAAAUUCAAACGCAGUUAAUACACAACAAAUACGACGAAGACAACGACGAAAAAAACGCAAAUUAAAUUAAAACAAAAAUAAUAACAGACAGUGAGCGGAAAGAGUAAGACACAACAGAAAGACAAUAAAUGUUUGUCAUUCAGUGGUGAACACCGUAAGCGAUCGAGUGUGCAUUCGAGUCUCGUUUCGGACAGAAAUGAAUAAUAACAAUAAACAAAAAUCAUAUUGCUUGUUCUUGUAUGGAAUUUGCAAUCUCAAUUAGCAUACAACAUAUUCAUUGAUUAUACCGUGCAAAAAAUUACGAAACAAAAAUUACACUCUUUUAAGAAGAAACGUAUUACAAGCAAAGUGAACUAGUGCAAAAAUAGCCAUGAUCGAAUAAUAAUCAAUCAGGAAACUAUCAGCACAUAAUCAAUUGCGAUACUCACAUGAUACAGAGAAAAGAGAUACCGAGAAAGACGUCGAUUAAAUUGAUUAAUUUCGCUCGUAAUACUAAUUGUUGUGAUAUACUCAAUGUAUUUUCGAAACUAGAACGAAAGAGUUAAAUUCUUGGCGAUUGGUGUGGAUUUUUCUUUUCAUCCUCUCUCGUAAAAAAUUGUAAGAAUUACUUUGCUAUUUUCUACGUAUUGAAUUCCGUUUUUUUUUUAAAUAUAUAUUAUUGUGUGUGAACUCGUUUUCGGUUAGUUUUUUCUUCAUGUAAAUAUUUGUGUAUACCAAUUUACGAAUUUGUUUUCCCUUCGACAAAUUCAAUAUUUGUAUGCACCAGUUUUGGAAAAAAAAAAUUUCUAUUUCGUUAAAUUGAAUAAUAUCGAAAAUGACAAUGUUCAGCGUUCGAUUCGGUUCAUAUAUUCUUUGUCACUAUUUUAUUCUUGGUGUUAUAUUUUGCGUUGUUUUUGUUUAUACAUGCUAAUGCCGUAUAGCGCGCGUGUCAUUCCGAUUAAAUGCACUGCAUUUUCUAGGCGUUAAAUGAUCCGUUUCAAUUGUGUGCUCUUAAUACGUUGGACUUUGUGUGAGUUGAUAAAAUAACAGUUUUGUGAACAAUGAAUCACACUUACAUGCAACUAUUUUGAGCGAGAUUUUCUUUUCACUCACUCAUAGAUCGCCAAUUGAAUUGUCAUAAUAUUGACAACGAUGAAUAAACAUGAAGUAAAUACACAUCCUGUCCGAAAUGCAAACGCAUCGCCUCAUUCAAGGGGUUCCUUGAUUGUGAUUCUUUUUCGUUCAAACUCUUUGUUUCAAUUGUUGGUGCAUUCUCAUUGGAGGCUCCCAACUAUUUAUCAUCAUUGUGUUUUUUGUUAUUAAUACUUUUGUUCGUUCUCAGUGAUGUUAUUCAUGAAAAAUGUGCGAUAUAGCAAAAAAAAAAAACAAAAUUUAAUUUGUUUAUUACAUUGUUCUGCAUCAUGUGUUUAGAGUGAGCGAAUAAAAAAAUAAACGGUGUUGUUUUUUGUUCACUUAAAUUCUGCUUAGAUACGCACAAUAAAAGAGUGUAUGAUUGGCAUCCAUUGACUCACGGCGUGAAUGAAAACAACACUCAUUCCGCUUAGACGUUGUAAAUACAUUGUAUGUGACUCGCAGUCAUACGAUAAGGAUUUAAAUGUUGAUAAGAUUAAAUCAAUGUCUUCGUUCGUGGAAAGUAUUUCACAACUCUUUUCUUUCACUUUUCGUCGUGUAUUUUUCUAAUUAACAUUUCAAGAUUACUCGAAUAGGUAAUGAAAACAACGGGAAAACCAGCAUUUCGAUUGGCAUUGCGAUAAAUUUGGAAAUGAAAGUAUGAACCCAGAACUUUGUGUUUAAGUCUAGUACAGAUUCAAUUGCACUAUAAUCUGCGUUUAUAAUCAAACGAACUAUCCACAAAUAGAAUGUGGACAUUAACCGCAGUACACGUAUGAUAAGUGUUUUGUUCCUUUAUUUUGUCUCGUUUCGUUUUGAACGGUCUCUCUAUCACGUUUAUCUCUCACUCUUGGCAUAUUUUUUUUUGAAUUAGUUGAAUGUUUUCAUGUAAAAUGUGCACGCGUAGGACAAGCCAAAUUAUUUUGUUUAUUCGAAAGGAUGCUUUUUCUGUGUAAUCGCCUACAACAUUCAUCAUUGCACGUAAUCAAAACAGCAACGUCGAUUCAUUUCCACCAAACACAACUGCUCGUUUUAGAUGAAUGAACAAAAUAGGUGUUGAUCAUUUCAUUCCAAGUUAGGGGCUUUUAUCUCUAUUCGCCAAUACAAAUUUAUAUGCGAAAUGGUUAAAAUAUACGACAAUUAAACAUUCGUCUGGAGUUAGAAGCCCCUAGAUUUCAAGUAGCUGAAAAAAACACAUUCGAUACACUAAUAAAAUCAACGCUGUGAAGCACAAUGUUAUUAUAUUCAACAGAUCCAAAACCUUUCAGAGUUCUGUUUUUCCCUAUCGGAAGUUCACUAAGAUGAAUCAUGAAUGACGUUUGAAAUGCCAUUUUUGACAAAUACCAUUUCCAAUAUUUGGGUAAACCUUGUGACGAAAUCAUUUAAUCAAAUUUCCAAACUCUACCGUAUAGAUGCCGCUAGAGCAUCAUUUGUUGAAUAUCUUCCAUUUACGAUUCAUUUUGUUGCAUGAAAUAUUUGAACGGCGCAUGAUUUAUUAGAAACGUGAACACUACGGAUCGCGAUAAUUGAUUAUUGAUUUGAACCAAAGAAGAAGAAGAGAAAAUACGACGAUUCAAUCGGCUUUAUCAUCCAUCGUGUUGUUGUAAUAAAAUGAGCAACAUUUCAUCUGUCCGUAUUUAUGGCUGCUUGAAUUGAGCACACAAGGCAUGGAAUCAGAUGUUGUAUAUUGGAUUCACAAGGCGCGAAAGAAAUAAUAGAAAAAAAACGAGACUUCAGUCACUCUCGUUUCCGUUUGGCGCGCACAAAUUUUGCGAACAUAUUCGCCAUGAAUUGGAUGGAUAAAUAUAUAUUUCGAUUGUACGUUAAUUCAAUUGAAUUAUGCUCGGCAAAUUGGUGAAUAAUAGUAAGAAACCAAUUCAGUCAAUGACUUUUUCUUUUGACUUACACCGAGAUGUGCAUCGCAUCGCCGUUUCUUGUACUUUUGCUUCUUUUCUUCUCCGCUACUCUCUCGCUUCAGUCAAAGAAAUAUUUUAGCGAAUCCCUCUCCCUCUCUCGCUUAUUGUCACACAUUUAUAGUGCACCACAAUUUUCCACUCACCACUCCGGCAUUUUUGUAUGUUGUUCCUUCUUUUUUUCAUUUCUUUUUUUUUCGGGUGGCAAUUUUGUCAGCGGUGACUUUAUCACUUAUAGCACAUCUGAUACUCAAGCAUUCUGGGCACUUGUAUUUUUGUACGUGAGCCUUUAUAUCGCAAUUAACUUUCAACUGCCUUCUUUAUCACUGUCUUUCUCACUCACAUCCUUCGAAAUUUGUUGUUGUUGUCGUCUAUAUCGCACAAACAAUGUGCUCGGUCGGUUCGAGUUCGGUUCAGUUGGUCGCGUUCACGUUCGCUCUCUGUCUCGCACACGCGACUCACGCCUGUGCGUCACUGCUUUAUUUGCCGUUUUUACUUGUGUAAAAUAAAAUAUUGUUCAGUAACGUUGGUCGGAUCGCAUGUGCCAAUAAUUUAGUCGUCGAUUGAGUCGCGUUCAUUGCCUUAGAUAAUAUCAGAAGGCGAGACCAGGCACACUCACACAUCCACCAUUUUCGUAGAACCGCUGCUAUCAAUUGAAUGAUACACCACAAAUGUGCAACCAGUUCCAUCGUGUUGCAUCUACGAUCGCACUUUCUGUUUAGCAUAUUCUGUUAAUAUUUAUCGUUGGCUGCUGUUGUUGUUAUUGUUAUUGCUGCUGUUUGAUUCGGAUGAGCCGAUAAAAUACCGCGAAAUGAUGCAACAAAUGUGAUUUAAGUGUGACAAAGAAGACAAUCUAGUUCAAUUCUGAUUAACUCGUGUUUUGAUCGUCACUUGUGAUUUAACGUUAUAGAAACAAAUAAGAAAAAAACAAAAAACAAGCAAGAAAAUUGUCAACAACAGGUGACCAGAAUCAUCAGUGACAAUUUUUUACCUUUUGAAAUUGGCGGUCGAUUGAAAUGAACACAACACUAUCGCCAGUCAUGGACGAAACACUGCGCUACAUUUAUUUCGAAGUUAUCGAACGGUUUACACCGGAAUACAUAAAGACAAUCGAAUUUGAGUACAAGCCAUGGGUAUUUUCAUUAUUGGGCUCAAUCGUAAUCGGACUCAGUGGAAUAUUUCCAUUGUUAAUCAUCCCUCUUGAUGCUGGCGACGGCACCGGCGGUUCGGAAUUCAAUGACCCGGCUAAAUCGAAAUCUCUCAAGGUAUUGUUGAGUUUUGCUGUUGGUACACUGCUUGGUGAUGUAUUUUUGCAUUUGCUGCCCGAAGCCUGGAGCUCCGAUAUUUCGCAAAAAACAGAAGACGGUCAUCCGUCGAUGCGAAGCGGCCUUUGGGUGCUGGGUGGCGUUCUCAUUUUUACAAUUGUCGAGAAAAUCUUUUCGGGCUAUAUGAAUGCGGACGAAAGCAAUCCACAGCCAAAAUGUGUCGAAAUUGCUAAUUGUUUGCUGCGCAAAAGUGGCGGAAAACUCCCGGAAAACAAGGAUGGAUUGGUUUGUGCACAAAAUGGAUCGUGUGACAUUGAAGAUGUUCCGAAUGGAUGCUUUUUGGCUGGAAAAUCCAACGAAAAGAAGGAAUAUCAACCAAAUAAAAUUGCUGGCUACCUUAAUUUGCUAGCCAAUUCAAUUGACAACUUUACACACGGAUUGGCCGUAGCCGGAUCGUUUCUCGUUUCAUUUCGUCAUGGAAUUUUGGGAACGUUCGCCAUUUUACUGCACGAGAUUCCACACGAAGUGGGCGAUUUUGCGAUUUUGCUGCGGUCUGGUUUCAGUCGUUGGGAUGCUGCAAAGUCUCAACUGUUGACAGCUGGAGCUGGUUUGGUCGGUGCACUCGUUGCCAUCGGUGGUACGAAUGUGACGAGCGCCAUGGAAGCGCGUACAUCAUGGAUUAUGCCAUUUACGGCCGGUGGUUUCUUACACAUCUCAUUAGUGACCGUAUUACCGGAUUUGCUCAAAGAAACUGACUCUAAAGAAUCCGUCAAACAGCUGGUCGCUCUGGUUGCUGGCAUCGCCGUUACGGCUGUUAUGACAGUCGUCUUUGAAUCGUGAACAUUUUCACUUGAUUACACCAAUGCCGGUGGGCAAAUUGAAUUGUGAAAUAAAAAAAACGAUGCGAAAAAAACAAACAACUAACCAGGAGACGACAAAACAAAAUAUCAUUUUGAUAAAAAACCAAGAAUGUUGAAAUUGCAUGCUUAGAUCACUUUACAUUUGUAAAAUACUUUAGUUCUGAUAAUUGCUAUAUUUUUUUUUCUGUUUUGAACAAGAAUUCUUUUUACUAUCCAUGUUAUCAUCUAAUUCACUGAAGAAUUUCGAAUUGAACAGGGACUGUUAAGACAAAUUCGAUAGUGUAUAAUUCUGUGAACAACGUAAACUUUAGGUUAGCCCCGAUGAAAAAAGAAAUAAAAUCAAAAACACUGAAUAUAAUUAAAUGUCUACAAAAAAACACGAUUUUGUACAAUGAAAAAAAAAUGAACUGAAAACCGAUGAUUGUAAUGCCAACUUUCAGGAAUACUCGGAAGAGCAAUCGACAAAUGGAUCGGGAGCAACAGACUUGACUUGUUCCAUUAGAACACACAAAUUGAGAGCAAAUCAUUAAUUUAGUGAAUUAUUAGUGCAGUUUGGCAAAUAAAAUUGAAUAAUACAACAGAAAUUAAAAA